AAAGUUAAAAUAAUCUAAUAAAUAUGAACGUUCAUUGAUAUUCGUAUCCUAUUUUUAGUUAUUUUUCUCUUCUUGAACUUUAUUCUUCAUGUAUUUCCAUGGAAUAUCACAUCAUAUAAAUCUAAUAUAAACAUCUUGUAAAAUAAAUAUUAUCGAAUGAUAGUGUCGCGCAAUAAUAAACAUUGCUAUAUAACCUAAACAAUUUUGGUUUGUUAGUAUUUUGAUUCACAUAAAUUUUCUACUUUAUCAGUGUCCUUUGAUAUUCAUAGUAUGUUAAUAAAUCCAAGCAGAACAUGUCUCUACCGUCAAAAGUCAACAAAGAAAACUUUCGUCUUUUGGACUUAUCUAGCGACGAAGAGUCAGAAGAUUUGCAUUUAGAAAUAAUCCCCAACAGAAAAAAGAAAAUCACCAGACGAGAUCGUAAUCGGGGAGGCCCCAUUAAGGCACAGGAGCCUAACAUCGGUACAGAAGUCCGCUGUGCACUUCGAUGGGCAGUGCGUGGUACUCUCAUACUAUGGCUGCUGAUGCUGACUUGGAUAUGUGCCGCGCUGUACGAUCAGGUGUCUGUAAUGAGAAUAGAGAUAGACAAAGUAUCAACGAGCAGCGAAGGCGUAGGUGACGCCUUGCAAGUCUGCCACACAUCGUCCAAGGUCCUCAAAGAAAAUGUCACUGACCUAAGCCAACGGCUGAUCAAGUUGGAGCAGGACCACAUGGAGUUGGUGAAGCAAGUGGACUUAUCCAAGGCAGAGUUAGCAGCUAUCACAGACAAAUUGGCCGCGGCUCCGACGUUGGGCCAGAUGCCGACGAGAUUAGCGCAGUUGGAGAAGACUGUAGCACAUUUUGGGUCACAGAUCCAAGGCUUCGACUCGGGUAUCAACACGGCUCGAUCUCAAGCCGCCACGGCCGCGGCCGGCGUCGACGACAUAAAGGCGUUGCUGGACAAGCUGCACGCGAAAAACAACGAGACGCUGGCCAGCGUGUCGGCCAGUAGGAAGGACAGUGAGGAGUUGCGCGCGCAGCUCGCGGCGCUGAAUAGCACGCUCGCCGCUAGGGUUGACGCUUUGCAGAGCAAAGUUGAUGAGCUACAAAAGUUAAGCGCGACGGCUGCGCCGACGCCUGCGUCAACCACUACCUCCUCAACCACCACCACCACGACAACUACUGCACCGCCACCCGGACCACCAGCAAAGCCGAAUGUGCUGCAAUGAAGAAACACAUACAUUUCACCGCAAAACCCACGGAAGGAAGUUUGCUCAUUCACAUGUCUCGGUCUCGAACGUCCAGAAGACAUAUACGAUAGAAUCGAGAGCUCUAAGGAAUGAUACCCUCCACAAUAUUAUAAGGAUUAGCAAGGAGCUCUAUUUAAAAAUGGAGAAUACAUACAUUAUUUCUCAUGAAUUUUGACAGUGUAAACUCCAUUUGGAAUUCGAAGCUCCUUUGGUUAGUGACUCGAUAUUUUUACUUAUUUCGAAGGCGUUACGUUUCAAUUGUCAUUUUUAUAUAGAUAUGUGUGAAAAGGAAGGUGAUAGUUGAAAACGACGGUUAAUGGUGUUCGGCCAUAUUAGAUUGAUAAGGUAUUUUGGACUUUACUAUUGGGGUGUCCGCGGAAUACGAAAAUACAAACUACGCCAUUUUGCGCCGCAAAUUAAAAUGGCGGAUAUUUUUAUAUGCAUAGCCCCAAAUGUAAAUUGGCUCCGUAGAAAACGAAUAUAUGUAGAUUUCUACUGUUAUGUUUUAUGUAUUUAAAUAAUUAUGUGACUAAAUUAAUUCCUAUCGAAAUAAUUUCGGACAAUAUUAUUUUAAUCGAUAUAUUUUAGUAUAUAAUUUGUAAGCUAAUAAUAACAUACUUCUAUGAGUUGUAGGCAAAAUUUUAAAAAGACGUGUAUUUUAAUUUAAUUUUUGUGCAAAUGCACAACUGCAUUAUGUCGUUUUCUGCAAAGUCGGAUAGUUUGCCUUAUUUAGUUACGUUGUCGAAAUGUAAGGUAGUUGUCGAAACGUGUCAAGUGAGAGUGGAGCAAAAAGUGUGUUACACCACAAACUCAAUGUAAUAUAAUGAACAACAUUAUAUGUCCUAUUAUUUUAAGUUCAUAGAUUGUGUUGUAUAAAUGUAGUAUUAUUAGCUUAUAUUUUAUCACCUGUCUUGGACGAAGAUUGGUCUGUUUUUUUUCAUGCUGUGAUUUCGUGUUUUAUUGUCAAUUAUGAACUAUCAAUGUAAGUUUGUUUCAUUUCUUCUAUCGGGGUUACUUUUAUAACACCGGCAGACUCGAAAACAACAACAUCUGAUGUACAGAUUUAUGUAAUUUGUAAAAUUUUACAUAAAAAAAUAAAUGUUUAUAUAAUUCCCCUAUUUCAGUAUGUAUGUAUAUAUAGACAAUAAUUGGCGGUUGUCAGAAGAAGAGAACAAAACCUUGGUUGGUCAAUCUGUAUGUCGAUCUAUAGAUUAUCACUGAUACUAUAUUAUAUAAUUAUGAUGUAUGUUGUAUGAAUUGAAACGCCAUAUGAUUAAAGAAGUAAAAACUUGAAAAAUAAAUUGUAUAUGAUGUCAGCUUUGUGGUCAGUUACCUGGUGUUUUAAAAGUAACCCUAAAUGAAUUGAUGUUUUUUCAGAUUUGACCAAUUGAUCUUGAGAUUGAUCUAUUGAAAUAAUAAUCUAUGAAGUCAUUUCUACUUUUACAUUGCGGUUAGCAAUAACAAGUAAAACAAUACUGUUUUAUAAAAACGGGUGAGUUAUUCGUGUAACACCCUGAUAAAUCGCAAUAAAUAUGAAGUGAGAUGUUAUCCCGGUAUAUUUUCAAAUCGGCUUUUCAUGUCAUGUGUGUGAGAGCUUAUAUCCUUACAUAUUAUAAACAAAGUAAUCUGCCGCGUUUUUUCUGUUCGCGAUAAACUCAUAUAUCAUAAUCUAUUUUAUUCUAAUCCUGGAGCAUCACUACUCAUUUUUGAAGCAAUAUUCCUAGAUUGCUAUAUAGCAUAAGGGGCUUCAUCUCUCUUGCGCGACGUAAGGUAUAAAAUACACGUUACAUCUCGUAAUACAUAAGAAAGAGCCGCCCUCUCUUUCUUGUCACUGAUGAAAGAGAUAGCAAUAUAUGUAACAUGCAUCAUAAAGUUAUCGGUAGUUCUGUCUUCAGUAUUACAUAUAGCUUAACGAAUGCGACAGCGGCUCCUGUAAUUUUAAAUUAGACAAUAUAUUCCCUUGUUCAGGGAGGAUUCAAAAUGGACAAUUUGCGCAAAGAAUAUAGCUAAUAUAAAUAAACUCAAUUCAUCCAGUUCCAUAGACUAAAAUUACAAAUACAUUCACACAGAAAAAGCUUGCCAACACAAAAUGGCGUGCAAAGAAGAUUUGAAUGUGUAACGUUCAUUGGAAAGGAUGCAUGGGAGAAAAUUAUUUAUUAAUACGCAAAAAUACGUACAUAAAACACGUACAUGUACAUUAUAAGUGUGCUAUGUUGGUCAUUCGUUACGCCUCUUGUUAUUUUAUCAUUGUCUUUUGUGCAAUAAAAUUUACAUAAAUAAAUGAUGAUUAACAAUUGCGCGCUUCUAACAUACUGUCCUGUAAUGUUUUGUUCGAUUUCUAUCCCCUAAAAAUGGUACAUUUUAAUAAGUACAGUAUAUUCCAUGAUUCCCUUUCCAAUCAAUGUUAUAAUAUAUAAUUGUAAAUAAUUUAUUUAUAGUUACUAAGUGAGUAGCGUCGACCGCACUACGAGUUUGAGCUGAGUGUUUUAUUACUUGUCAUAAGUAAUUGUUAAUAGAUAUAAUUAUUACACAA